AUGGCGGAUGGGCGGCCUCGGAUCACGGUCACGUCGGCGAGGACAGCGACGGCGUCGUUGGCCGCGGUCGAGACGGUGAGCGCGGCCGAGGUCCUCGCGGGCGUGGCGGAGUAUGGCCCGAACUACUCGCUGCCGCAGCCCGCGGAGUCUAAGACGGCGCGGCGGAAGCGGCUGCGCCUGGACGCGGCGGCGAGGAUCGCCGGGCACGCCGUCGUCGAGGCAGGCACCCACGUGGAGAUCCUGGGCGAGCACAGGUGGUGGCCGGGCACCAUCACGGGGCGAGAGGAGGGUUCGGACGGCCGGCUCGUGCACGCGGUCGAGUACGAUGGCUACCCCGACCAGGAUUUCCGGCUCAACCUAGAGGAAGUGUCGUGGAGGCGGGCGACGCUCGGCGCCGGCGGCGCGGCCCCCACCAGCGGCGAGGUCAGCGACGGCGAGGGCAGCGACGAGGCUGCGGACGCGCUGCCGGCCAGCGCGACCGACAUCGGCGGCGCGGUCGCCACCGGCGACGAGGGGAGCGGCGUCGAGGGGGACGGCGGCGAGGCUGGGGACGCGCCGCUGACCUGCGAGCCCGCUCCGACACAGCCAAGGGAGCGGCACAGCGCGAGGGCUGGCGACGAGAGCCCGGCGGCAGCCGGGAUGGCCAGCGGCGACGCCGGCGCCACAUACGCAGCACCCGGCGGGUAUGCUGGCCGGGAGGAGGCGGCCGGCGAGGCGAGCUCCGCCCCUGCGGCCCUCAACUGGCCGGGGCGGAGGAGGCCGCGGCGCAGCGCGGCCAUGGAGCUGCUUCGCGCUGCUCGGCGAAACGAGGACGAGCAGCGCGAGGCGAUGCUUCCCGACGACGUGCCGAUGCUGCUGCCGCACGGCGCUAAGCACUCGAGGGCGCUGCGCGAGGUGCGCCGCCGUCUGCGCGAGUACUUGAGCGAGCUGGCGGAGAGGGGGCAGGUCGUCCCGAUGAUGCGGGUGGCUCGAGGCCUCCACCCGACCGUUCGGUGGACGAUCGGGUUCGGCGAGUGGCUGGCGUUGACGCGAAUUCGUGAGUCGAAGGCCAGCCGCUGGCUCGCUGCUGAGCAGGCUUCGGCGCGAGGGGAGGAGGCUGUUGUGCGCGCCGGCCGGGGGGCAGGCACCGUGCAGGUGAUGCUCGACAACAUGGCGAACCACGUCUGGCGCGAGGUGUGGCCGGCGAUGCCGGCGGACGACAAGCACUACUGGUUUCGUGUGAAUAAGCACGUGGUGGGUUUGUUCGACGGGGGCGGCGGCGGCAUGCACCAGAUGGCGGCGAUGGUCGGGGAGGCGGAGGGGCGCGCAGCGCAGCUGGCCAGCGCGGCGUCGCUCGGGCGCGGGCGAGGAGGCGCAGCAGGCGGCAUAAGGACAAAACUCACGAGACCUCGAAACUAA